UGACUUUUUAAUCACGAUGGCACACGAGGAAGCUCUCCAGACGACCACAGACAGCGAGGAAGAAAGUAGUUUUUCCUCAGAAGAAGAGGAAGACUUUGAGGAUGAACUCCUGCAUUUCGAGGAGCGCUUUGAUGCUGCGGAGGACACACUUUCUAACGAGAAAAUGCCUUUACAUGCACAUCAUACAAGAGCAGCACACAAGCGUCUUUCAGUUUUCAACUCUGAGAAACUUCACGAAUGUGAGAGUGACCAGAUGCCUGCUGCAAAGAGAGCCAGGACUCUUUCAUGGAAAGCAGAGACUGAUGUUGACCGGGUUCCACAGACUCUGAGAUUCCUGCCUGCUCGGGAACUUGGACCGCAGUUGUCUGCUGCUGACGCGCACUCUCCCAUGAGUCUUUUCAAACUGUUUUUCACAGAGAGCACCAUGACAAACCUGUGCCACAACACAAAUGCUCAGGCUGCCAGGGCAAUUGCAAAGGGCCGCAAGUACAAAUGGACAGAUGUCAGUGUUGAUGAGCUGUACCGCUACAUCGGACUCGUAUUCUACAUGGCUGCGGUGAAGAUGAGCUCCAUCACUGACUACUGGCGGCAGGACAGUCUUUUCUUUCUGCCUUUUCCCGCCACAGUUAUGCCAAGGGACAGAUACCCGCAUAAUUUCCUGGAAUACUCAUCAAAUGGAUAUACUGUGGACUUCUCAGUCUACACGGGCAAGAACAGCUUUCCUGCAGACCGUGGGCUUUCGUAUGAUGCUGUGAUGUCUCUCCUGGACCGUAAAGUUUUGGGCUCUGGGUACCAUGUGUACAUGGAUGAUUUCUACACGAGUCACAAGCUCUUCACAGACCUGUUUGCUCUGAAGUUUGGUGCUUGUGGGACGUACAGAGACCAGAGGAAGGACUUCUUCCCGAAGACUGCAGCUAAUUCACUGAGCAGAAGCUCCAGCAGGGGAUCCAUCAGGUGGAUUCGGGACGGGCCUCUUGUGUGUGUGAAGUGGAUGGACACGCAAGUAGUGUCUGUUUGUUCCACCAUCCAUGCUGCCUAUACAGGAGAGCGUGUGCAAAGGAAAAUCAAAGCACAAGAUACAUGGAAGGCGAAGUCUUUUCCGUGUCCUGCACCUGUGAUUGCAUACAACCAGCACAUGGGGGGUGUUGAUCUGUCCGGUCAGCUGCUGCAAUACUACGCUGCGCAGCACAAAACCAUGAAGUGGUACAGAAAAAUUUUCCUACACUUCUUGGACAUUGCCGCCAGCAACGCUUUCAUAUUGUACAAUUUCUCAGUUUAG